CUGAGCUUAACGCACUAGUUUCCUCUCAGGGAAAUAAUAUAAUCAGCUCAUGAUUUUAUUUUAAUCAAAUGAGCAACUGACUGGCUCUCUUCUUAAUCUCCACAUCUGUGUCAAGAGAAUCUGACCUCCUUUUGAGCCUAAGUCAUGAGUUGGAUGUUCUUCAGAGACCUCCUAACUGGAGUAAACAAAUAUUCAACUGGGAUUGGGCGGAUUUGGCUGGCUGUUGUGUUCAUCUUCCGUUUGCUGGUCUACAUAGUGGCAGCAGAGCAUGUAUGGAAAGAUGAGCAGAAAGAGUUUGAGUGCAACGUUAAACAGCCUGGUUGUGAAAAUGUCUGUUUUGAUCACUUCUUCCCCAUCUCCCAAGUCAGACUCUGGGCCUUACAACUGAUCAUGGUCUCCACACCUUCACUUCUGGUGGUUCUACACGUAGCCUAUCGUGAGGGCAGAGAGAAAAGGCACAGAAAGAAACUGUAUGUCAGCCCAGGUAUGAUGGAUGGGGGCUUGUGGUACACUUAUCUUAUCAGCCUCAUUGUUAAAACUGGUUUUGAAAUUGGCUUCCUGGUUUUAUUUUACAAGCUGUAUAAUGGCUUUAGUGUUCCCUACCUUAUGAAAUGUGCUUUGAAGCCUUGUCCCAACACUGUAGACUGCUUCAUCUCCAAACCCACCGAGAAAACAAUCUUUAUACUUUUCUUGGUUAUUACCUCAUGCCUGAGCAUUGUGUUGAAUUUCAUUGAACUGAGCUUUUUGGUUCUCAAGUGCCUUAUUAUGUGCUGCCUCCAAAAAUACUCUAAAAGACUCCAGUCCUCAGCAUGUGAGUGCCACGAUCUCAGAUAUGUUGAAUGUGGUGUGAUAGCGGCUCCUCCCCUACUCCAGAAUUGCCGUUCAGAUUUGGCCAUAGGCGCAUCUCAGCGAGGUGAAACAAAGCCACUUUUUUGACACAGAAGAGGGUUAGAACCUGCAUCCUUUCUAAGCAAGACCUGGGCUGCAUUGGAAAACAAAGGGUGUCAGCCUUACUGUCAUUUGAGAAAAUUUUUAAUUUUCAGUAUGUGCUCAGUUGUAUAUACUAGACAAAGAUGUCAUUGUUGUAGGGUUCAAGUGGGUAUGUAAGUUGUGUUUGAAUAGUUAAUUGCAAAUUAGUCUGAAGAAAUUCAACAAGCAGCAUUCUUUUAAAUGCUUAGAUCUGUCAACUGGAAAAUAUAAAAAGUGACAUUUAUGACAGAUGUGAUGACUCCAAGCUGUAGUUGAAGCACUGGCAAUCUUUCCAAAGUGUCAGCCAAGGCUCCCUCACUCAGCCCUACUUAAAAGUUGCAGAGAAAGAGUAUCGUGAGGGUGGGCAGCAGCUAACCAAGGGUACACAGAAGUACACACAAUGACACUCAGUGAGAAGGCUUGGCCUGGGGAAAUGACCACAGAGCCCAAGACUCUGCAGUUUAGGUCUCCCUAGAUAUAUAUGGACUAGGGGAGAGGGAACGAAGCCAUUAUUUGUGGUCUCCAAGUUGAUACAAAUAUUACUGGGAGAUAUCCUGCUUAAGCCUGAACUAGGAGACCCCUGAAAGGGUCACUCUGGAGUCACACAGGAAGGCAGGUCCCACUGAGUACAUAGACAGGGAGCAGGGUAGGACCCAGAAAGAGAACAUACCCACUUGAUAAUUACUUAACACUUCUCUUUAGCCAUGGAACUUUGAAAUACUUCAUAAAUUUCUCUAUUUGUUGGACCUUUUUAGAGUCAGGAAAUCAGAGCGUAUAAUACAAUAUAUCAUAAUUUUCCCAAAAUUUACUAGUACAUCUCUCUUUAGAAUAGAUAGUAAAAUCUGUACAAUGCUGUUACAUUGUUGUGAAAAAUGUAAAAAAAAAUAAAAAUGUUUAUUAUUACUUGAUUUGGAGCCUAGCUCUUAUUUUUAUUAUUUUAGAGAGAGAGAGA